AAAUAAGUAAAUAAUUGCUAGCCGAUACUUCGCACAAAUCAAAUAGGGAUAUUCCCUUUGUGACUGAACGGCUAAAUACGUCACAAAGAUCGAUAAUCUCACGUAAAACGAAAAUGACUAAGCAAUUAAUUAUUCAUUAUAGACAAGCAUGUAAUUAUCGAUAUCUCUUGCGACUCUUAUUAAUACUAAGAGAAUUCUAAAUGAGAUAGUUACGAGUAAUUCCGUGAAGAAAAAUAGUUCUCGAACUGGCAGUGUACUCUCGAUACUCAACCAACAUCAUGGAUUUCUUUGAUCAUCGUCAUUUCGUGUUGAAUAAAACAAUGUUACGCAUCUUAGGUCAAUGGCCUUAUCAAUCGUUUAGAAUAAAAUGCAUCAGUUAUAUAUUUCUAUUCAUAUUUGGUGCAACACAAAUUGUAGCUAAGUUGUGCGCUAUUAUUACUUCACAUGAUAAUUUAAACGUUGUACUAGAGGACUUAGCACCACUAUUUUCCAAUUUUUCUUCUGCAAUUAAAAUAAUUAAUAUUGGAGUUCAAAGGAAAAAGGUGAAAACAAUUCUAAAUCGUAUAGAAACGGAUUAUACUUUUUUCACUACAAAUUCUGAAAAGGAAAUUAUAUCGAAAUAUGCCGAAAAUGGGAGAAAAUUUACUAUUUACUGUUCAGCCAUCUUUUUUGUGGCAAUGUUACGUUUUAUGAUUGUACCACUGAAGGGAAUUUUUAGAAAGGUGAACGACACGAGUGAACGACCAAUGUUACAUCACGUUGAAUAUUUUGUAGAUACUCAGAAAUAUUAUUAUUUAAUUAUUUUCCAAGCUUACGUUGUUUACUUUAUCGUUUGUUUCUCAUUUGCUAUGACGGACACAUUGUUUGUGGUUUUCGUGCAGCAUAAUUGUGGAUUAUUUAAAACAUUAGGGUAUCGACUUUCUCAUUUAAUUGAUGAAAAAGUCUUAGAUGAUGAUGUCUUAAAUCCUUCGAAAUCAAAAGAUAAAUAUUAUAAAGAUAUUUCCUUAUAUGCCCUCAGACAUCAGAAAGCAAUAGAGUUUGCUGAACUAUUGGAUUCAUUUUAUUCCAAAACUUUUUUUAUGAUAUCAGGACUUAGCAUGCUUCGAAUAAGUGUUACUGGUCUGAAGGCUGUACUAAAUGUCAACAAUCUUAAACAAUUUAUUCAAAAUAUGUUUAUUUGUUACACGGCUUUAAUUCAUGUCUACUUUGAAUGUAUGAACGGUCAACGACUUAUUAAUCAUAGUAGUGAAAUGCACCAACAUCUAAUAAAUACUGAGUGGUAUCGUACAUCUUUACGAACAAGAAAAGUAAUUGCUUUGAUGACACUUAGAUCAUUGAAACCUUCUAUACUAACAGCUGCAGGACUAUUAAACAUAUCAUUGGAAACUUUUAGCUCUAUUGUUCGUACCUCAAUUUCAUACUUCACUGUUAUGCGAUCUUUUCAAUGAAAAUUUGAACUAUGGAAUUCUAUCACUAAUUGCUAAAAUGCAGAACAACACACCCACCCACCAAUUAAUUUAAAAAAAAUAGUAUUGACAAGAAUAUGUGUAUAGUUAUCUCUAUAUAAUUUCCAAAGUUCUUUUUGAAUUUAUAUAUCUUUACAUAUGUAUAUUGUUAGAAGCCUCAAUAGAAUAAAACUGAAAUUAACA